AGCCGAGAUCCAUUGCCUCGAACGACGAUGCGCAUGCCAAAACAAAGCUGGUGCCUGGUCGCGCAGCCCGUCAAGCAAGGUUGGGUCCAACGUCUUAGCACGAUGGGGUCGUGGUUGACCGUACUAACUAGAAUGACUUUUUUGUCGCUCAAAGAAACUUGA